UUGUGAGCAAUGAGGUGGCCGUGGCCGGUGACCGUACUAACAAUUAAAAUCUCAUUUUUGAAAAAAAUACUAAGAACCGCCAUUUUUACUUGAUCAAAAUCUAAAACAAAAAGGAACCCAGCAAUCAAUUUGUCCUUCGUUUUCCUAACCUUAAUGAGUAGCUUUCCUACUCAUAAACUCAAACAAUUACCAUACACCACCAUUAACACCCAUUUCACCAACAAUUCCCUCACACAACCCCUCACUUCUCUUCAAUGCGGAGCCAUUUUACAGAGCCUCACCAACACCAAAUCUCUCACAACAGGCCAACACCUCCAUGCCUACAUCAUUACCUCCGGCAAUCUCGUGUCCAACACUUAUCUCAGCACAAAACUCGCUGCUUUUUACGCAAACUGUGGUCAAAUGGCUAAUGCCCGCAUAAUCUUUGAUGGGAUUGUUUUCAAAAGCUCAUUCUUGUGGAAUUCCAUGAUUAGAGGCUAUGCCUGUAAUGGGUAUUCAGAAAAAGCUCUUGCUUUGUAUCAAGAAAUGAAAUUUUUUGGGCAGAGGGCUGAUAAGUUUACGUACCCCUUCGUGAUUAAGGCGUGUGGUGAUCUGUUUGGGGUAGAAAUUGGCAGGAGGGUUCAUGGUAGAGCUGUGAUUAAUGGGUUUGAUUUGGAUAUGUAUGUGAGUAAUUCUCUUCUUGCAAUGUAUUUGAAGUUUAUGGACAUGAGUUUGGCGCGAAUGGUGUUUGAUAGAAUGCCUAAGAGAGAUUCGACGUCUUGGAAUACCAUGAUUUCAGGUUAUGUAAAGAAUGGGAAACCAGAAGAGGGUUUGGCUAUUUUUGAUUUAGCGAAGCGAACGGGGUUGGUUGCUGAUGAUGCGACUCUGAUCGGUCUUCUUAGUAUAUGUGCAGAACUAGUUGCAGUGAAGCUGGGGAAAGCAGUACAUGGUUAUGUUUUUCGAAAUAGGUAUGCGGUUGUAUGUAAUAAUUUUUUGAUGAAUUCUCUUAUUGAGAUGUAUUGUAAAUGUAAUUCUAUGGUAGAUGCAAGAAGAUUAUUCGAGAAAAUGGAAUUGAAAGAUACUGUAUCAUGGAAUUCGUUGAUUUCUGGCUAUGCACGAAAUGCAGAGGCUUUUGAAAGCUUAAGGCUUUUUUGUCGACUGGUUUUGGAAGGAACCAAGCCUGAUCAAAUAACCUUUAUUAUUGUGCUUGGAGCAUGCCAUCAAGUCACAGCAUUUCAGUUUGGCAUGUCUGUUCACUCCUGCCUUGCUAAGAAAGGAUUUGGUGCAACCAUUGUUGUGGGAACAGCCCUUAUCGAUAUGUAUGUUAAAUGUGGAGCUUUAGCUUGUGCACAUCAUGUUUUUGAAGAGAUUCCUAGAAAAAAUUUGGUAUGUUGGAGCGCUAUGAUUUCUGGAUAUGGCAUUCAUGGAAUGGGAAGAGAUGCUAUCUCACUUUUUCAUGAAAUGCUUGAGAACAAUAUCUGUCCAGAUGAGGGUGUUCUUACGUCAGUUUUGUCAGCUUGUAGCCAUACAGGUUUGGUUUCUGAAGGUAAAAAAAUCUUCCAUAGAAUGACAACAAAUUAUAAUGUGAGUCCUGUACUUGCUCACUAUUCAUGUUUGGUGGAUCUUCUAGGUCGAGCAGGGUAUUUAGAUGAAGCAUUUGAGCUUAUUGAUAGCAUGAUAGUUAAUCCCUCCUGUGAUAUAUGGGCUGCACUCCUUAAUGCUUGCCGAUUACAUCGAAAUAUUGAUUUAGCAGAAAUCUCUGCAGAAAAACUUUUUGAGUUGAAUCCAAGACAGGUAGGUGGUUACAUUUGCCUAUCCAAUAUGUAUGCUGCUGAGAAAAGAUGGGAUGAUGUGGAAAGGAUUAGAGCAUUGAUGAGACAGAAGGGGCUAACGAAAUCGGCAGGCUGCAGCUUUGUUGAGUUAAACAAGACAGUUCAUCGGUUCCUAGUUGGAGAUAAAUCACAUCCGCAAAUGGAAAAUAUAAACUCAAAGUUAAAGCACUUGAAUCAGCUACUCAAGGAGGCUGGAUACAAGCCUGAUACAAGCUCAGUGUUCUAUAAUGUUGACGAAGAAACAAAAGAGAAGAUGCUUUGGGAUCACAGUGAAAGAUUGGCUAUUGCCUUCGCUCUUAUUAAUACAGGUUCCAAGACCACUAUAAGAAUCACAAAGAACCUUCGUGUUUGUGGAGAUUGUCACAUUGUAAUAAAAUUGAUCUCUAAGCUCUUGCAUCGAGAAAUCAUCAUGCGAGAUAUCCGCAGGUUCCACCAUUUCAAAGAUGGUUUAUGUUCCUGUGGUGAUUACUGGUAACUGAUUAUUAAUCAAAAGGCUAUUCUCAUUUCAAAGCAGCAAACCACCAAGUAGACCAACACUACCAUCAACUGGCAAAUCUGUUUUUGAAUUCCAUGGGAAGGGUGCUAAUCCUUCGGUCGCUUUUAGGAGAUCUUCAAUUGAAAUCUUUGGUUUUGAUCGUUCAAGUGGAGCUAGUUCGUGGUUGAACUUCUGGGCAUUUGGACAGUAAUCCUGAAAACAAAUACAAAUGUUAGGUAAGGUUUAAUAGAUGAACAUUCAGAUUCUAUCAUCCAUUUACUUGUGGCUACUUACCUGGUCAGCAUGCAUUUUCUUCACAAAUAUCUUAAAUAGAUCAAAGUUGGUUUCUUGUAGUAGAUCAUCCGAUAAACGUAGGUAUGUCAUCCCAUACAUCAUAUACUUUGGUGGCCCAUUCUUAUUGACACCAAUAGGCCUAACAUUUAGAAGGAUUUGAUUAUAAGCUGUGGCGUCGUAUCUUGCAAGUGCAUUCUCGCCAGCAACCUCAAUGUUUUCUCUCCAACCUCCACUCAAAACCUGCACUUGGUUGAGCAAGGCAUUAACUAAUCACAUAUCAAUAAUGAAUUAUUUAUAUUUAAGUUUCCUUAUAGUUCGUAUAUUAGGUUUUCUCAUAUUUCUUGCAUUAUCUAAUUUGGAUGAAUUCUAAGAUUUAUCAGCUAAAAUUGAAUUUAAUUUGUUUUCUACCUGUUUUACAAGUUCUUGAGGUGCACUCAAAGCAUUAGCUGGUUGCUCUGUGUUUCUCAUCUCGAGACAUGUAAAGUUCAAAAUACCGUAAUGCCUUGAUAGCAUCCUUGCAAUAGGUCGGUACCCAUCUCUUCCAUACAAGUUAUAGUAUCCUGCAGUAAGCUCUGCUGCGUGGCUAGAAUCAUUGUACCACCAAUGUAUUCCGGAUACCUGUAUCGACAUUAGAUAUAAUAUUAUGAGGUAUUACUGAUUGAUGAGGAAAGAAAUAAAGUUCCUUGAUUUACUUUUGCUGCUAAUUUGACUUUACAGCCGAGAAACGCUUGAUUGGCUUCAUCAAGGAUCUCAUCCCCAUGGAUCAGCAACUUGUUUGAGUACCAAGUCAAAAAGAACUGUCCCUCUUCAGUACGGUAUGUCCCAUUUUUCCCAAAGAAGCCUGUAUCUUUUGGUGUAUCAUUCAAUGUCCCUGCAUCUUUAGGAAAUUCGUAUUCAGGAUGUCCUGCAUUUGCUGCUGCUUCUUUGAAGUCCGCUUCGAGAUACUUGUCAUAACA